UAAUAUUCAUUAAUUAAAUUAGGUAACCCCUGUCAAAUCAAAUUACGCAGCAUCCAUCCAAGUGGAGGAGGGGAGAACCAUUGCUCCUCCGACUCCCUUACCGAUUGAUUACCAUUGCUCUGCUCAAAGCGUCCGGCAUCAGAGCUUUGUUGUGAAGUUCUAAUGGCUUAUUCUUCCAUGGUGAAAGCGGGAGGGUUCCUCGGUCGCCUCUCCUCUGAUGAGUUCAAAGAAUUGCGCCUCUUCGGCUCCACUUCCAUGGCUACUCCCAAGUUGAGACACGCUCAUCUCUCCCUUCCCAGCCUCAUCUCACUCAAAACCUCAAAAAACGCGUCCCUCCUAAAUCCAGUUAGAGCUUGCCACAGCUCUACAGAUUAUAUCCCGGAUGCCGAAUUUUACAAAGUGGAGGCGAUUUUGAGACCGUGGAGAAUCCCGCAGGUUUCAUCGGCCCUGCUGCAAAUGGGUAUCCGUGGUGUUACUGUGUCAGAUGUUCGAGGAUUUGGUGCCCAAGGUGGUCUGACAGAGCGAUAUGCAGGCUCUGAAUUUUCUGAAGACAAGUUUUUAGCUAAAGUUAAGGUGGAGAUUGUGGUGAGCAAGGACCAGGUUGAAGCUGUAAUAGAUAAGAUCAUUGAAGAGGCACGAACAGGAGAGAUUGGGGAUGGCAAAAUUUUUCGAUGCAUAGCCAUGAAAUACGGUUCUAUGGAAAUUUAUAAAAGCUUUAAACUAAAAGAACAAAAAGCUGGAAGGAACAGAUUGCCUAUAAUGAACAAAAUUAAUACCAGUCACAGAUGUAAUAAGAGUCCGGACUGGUGAGCGGGGAGAAAAAGCUGAGAGGAUGAUGGGAGGACGAGCAGAUAUGUCAUCUGUGGUGCAAAACUAGCGUCCGACCAACUCAAUUCAAGCGCUGGGACUCCUUUUGUUUGAUGAUGGACAAGUCACAAACAAAACCCUGUUUCUACAUGUUAUAUGCAGCAGUAGUGCCUCUAUAUAGAUAAAUGAACAUGUAAUGUUUGGCCUCUUCUUGCAGCCUAGGCUGCAAGAAGAGGGAGAAAGUGUUUGAAUUAUGAAGGGCAACAACGUUCUGAAAUGAGUGAGGCAGCAGCUACCAAUAAAUUUGUGAUGUCGGCUGAGUUGACAUUGCUCCUCCGAUUUCUUGUUGAAGAUAGUCGGAUUUCUGUUCU